AUGAACCGCCGUCACAUGCAGGGGAAAGGCUCUACGCACAUCCCACUGCCCGUCUAUCUCGAGUCGUGGGAGAAGUCCCUAGCUUCGAAGAGUUCACAAUUGUUCGAGGAAUGGGACGAGGAGAUCACUCAGCUCAGGAAACUAUGGGAUGCUUCGAUCGCCAAAAAGCUCCUACGGGAACAAUUCCAAGCCGGCGCGAAAGACAACGUGCAAAUCAAGAAAAUCGUCUGCUUCGGGCUGGGUUGUCUUCAAAAAGGUAAGUGGUCUGGCCAAUGCAUCCUCCAGUAUUUCGCCGCCUUCACCAUCGCCGAGACCUUGAACGAGAUUUACCAGGCAGAAGAUGAAAGUACGCCAGACAUUCAAAUCUUCUUCCAAGAAGUCAAAUACCCCGAACUCGACCGCGACAUCUGGAGGAAGCACGCUUAUAAGCCCAGCAAACCUGUUGAUGAUCCUCACGGGUUUCUUCUGAUCGACGAAAAUACGUUCGUCAUCGCGCCUCAUAUCCCUAACUGCGUUCCCGUGCUGCAGAUCUGUGCGGAUGUCGUGGAGGGCGGGCCGGCGGGCUUCAUCUGCGACCGGAUGGACGAGCUUGACUUGAGUAAGAGGGAGUAUUGUGUGUGGGAUCGAAUCUCGCCCAGGGUGGUGAGGAUGCUUUCCAAGUGCCGGAAAAUGAAGUUUGAUGGGCAUAAGGUGGAGGACGAGAUCAGGGAGAGGCUGGAGAUGAAGCUGUAUUGGCUGUGGAAGAUGCAAGGGUGGUGGAAGCCGAAGGGAGAGUAA